ACAGUUCGCAACUAAACCAAAUCAAACUCAAACCUCACAAGUUGUGCAUGUAUCAGGAGGCAUGAUGUCGUUGACUUUCCAGUUAGGUUAAUUAUGUCCGACAUUUGCUGUACAUGGCAGACUUUUUUGGCUUUCCUGUACUCCAGAGAGAAACAAGAGCGAGGGUGUAACCAGAUCAGUAUAUGUCCGAGGAAAAUCCAGAUGUAGUUGUGGGCCUUAAUAAACAGUCUUUCGCUUGCUCGCUCGCUCCACAGUCUCUGGUUCUCUCAAAAGCAGGAAACUGAAUUUUGAAUAAUUACCUGAAAUCACACAGAAUGAAUACCAAAAUAAUUAGCGAAGACGGCCAUGUUAGCUCCGAAAUUACUCAAGGAAUUGAAUAUCUGCUGGGAAUGUGACUUGUUGAGAUAAAGUUUUUCAGAGAGAAUAUACCAAAAUGGGGACCACAUACCGUAGUGGAGUUUUUAGGAAAUCAAACAGCGAUGGUGCUAGGAUUCUAAUCACGACAAUUAUAGGAGUCAUCUUUGGGUUUUUUAUUGGUGCUUCAAUUCCGUCUGUUUCUCUAACCAAGAUUAACCUACCUUCAAGCUUUAUAUCAACUCUUGAUGUAGCCAUCACUGACACGCAUAGAUCAACUAGAUCUCUUGAAAGUGGUGAAUCUGGCAAUUUUACCAAGAUAUAUGUUCCAACAAAUCCUCGUGGUGCAGAGUCCUUACCUCCAGGAAUUAUUGUGCCAGAAACUGAUCUUUAUUUACGAAGAUUAUGGGGUGAGCCCACUGAGGAUUUGAAGAAAAAGCCAAAAUACUUGGUUACAUUCACUGUUGGUCUUGACCAGAGAAAUAAUAUCGAUGCAGCAGUUAAAAAGUUUUCUGAGGAUUUUAUGAUCAUGCUUUUUCAUUAUGAUGGUCAGACGAGUGAAUGGGAUCAAUUUGAGUGGUCCAAGAGUGCAAUCCAUGUUAGCAUCAGGAGACAAACAAAAUGGUGGUAUGCAAAACGGUUUUUGCAUCCUGACGUUAUAUCAGCUUUUGAAUAUAUUUUUAUAUGGGAUGAAGAUCUUGGAGUACAACACUUCAAUGGAGAUAAUUACAUUGAGUUGGUUAAGAAACAUGGUUUGGAGAUUUCUCAACCUGGUCUUGAGCCCAAUAAUGGUCUAACAUGGGAAAUGACGAAGAGGAGAGGUGACAGAGAAGUUCACACAGUUACUGAUGAGAAGCCAGGCUGGUGCAGUGACCCACAUUUGCCUCCUUGUGCGGCAUUUGUAGAAAUUAUGGCCCCCGUCUUUUCACGGGAAGCUUGGCGUUGUGUGUGGCAUAUGAUUCAGAAUGAUUUGGUGCAUGGAUGGGGAUUGGAUUUUGCUCUUAGAAGAUGCAUAGAGCCUGCACACAAAAAAAUUGGGGUUGUUGAUUCACAAUGGAUUGUACAUCAAGUAAUACCUUCUCUUGGGAGCCAGGGCCAGUCCGAGAAUGGGAAAGCUCCACGGGAAGGGGUGAGAGCAAGGUGUAGAAAAGAGUGGGCUGAGUUUCGGUCUCGCCUCGCCAAUGCAGAGACAACAUACCUUGCUCAAAGCAAGAAAGAGUAAAUUUGACAUGUCACGACUUUGCCUGGGGUUUAUUUUAACGAGUUCAAUGCUUCAUGCCACGAUUUGUUUUAGGUGCUCUGGGUAGAAGGCUUGUUUUAUAUUUUGUUACAUUUUCUACUUCUCAUUGUCAGCCAUACUUGUGAAAGAGAAGAAAAACUUACCUUCCUGUCAGUGGAUUGACACGAGUUUAUUAGGCUACUCUUGGCUGUGGUUUUAUUCUUCCCCUGAUGGCUUUGCCUUCUUUCAGAUGUAAAUAUUAAUUUGUCGUAUGUUAGGGCAGUGGUGGUGGGUGCUGUUGUCUUCAAGACUGGGACUUCAUAAGCAUACCUUGAUUAAAUUUUCGUUUUGUAUCAAUUUGGGAUUAUUACGUCCGUUAUCAUUACUUUGUCAUGUAGAUGAGUUCAUGGCAUUUUGAAUAUCCCUAAUUAUCUCA